AUGGCCACUACUACUGUAACUACCAACUGCUACAAGGUCAUUUCGAAUGAGUACAACGAGAAAGAUAUUAUAGACAAACCACCGAUGGUUGUAUAUGAAAAAACAUUUGAAAUAGACAGUGCAAGUACAACUACCACGAAUAGCCCCAUUAUAUCAUCUAUUCAGCUUGACGCACUACCUUCUAUAUGUGCCUGUAACGAACUACUGGAUUCAAAAUUAACAUGUGCAGAAUGUCAUCAGACUUCAUUCAAACAACUUCUAUCCGACCUUCGUACAACAGAAACUCAGCUCAAAACGCUUAAAUCUGAAAGAGAUUCAUUGCUUAUCAGACGUAGCGAGCUGGAUAAGGAAUCUUCAGCUUUAGCAAUGACAAUUAAAGAGAAGGAACAGAAUAUCCAAACAGCAGUCAUCAACAUUGAAUCAUUAAAGCAUGAUAUCAUGGUCUUAAAAACUAAAUAUAGUGACGAAACAAACCAACUGGAAGAUAUUCAACGAUCAAAGGAAAAUGUAAAAAGAGAAAUUGAAGAGCUUACCCAGCGCUUGUUCGAAGAGGCUAAUGCGAUGAUAUCUUUAGAGAAGAGCGAGCAAAAGUUAAUCCUGAAGAAAAACGAAGAGUUGGAAUCUGAUCUGAAAUCAAAUAAACUGCAAUUAUCUGUAGCAGAGGAUCAAUUGAAAGUAAUAAGGAUGAAAAUGGAUGAGCAACAACAACAGCAACAACAACAACAGCAACACAAGUCUUCCUUUUCUAAUAUAUCAGAGAAUAAUAAUAUUGCAGCAAUGGAAAGUAAGGGUUCGAUAAACUUACUUACCCGAGCACAGCUAGUGACAAGCUUAAUGCACGGAAUAGAUAUCGGAUUACAUAUAGAUGUCAUUGAAGAUGAUUCAGCUCUGAUGGAGUUCAAUGAUUUUAUACAGCUGUCAAAAAAGACACAACUUAGAAAACUGCAUUCCUUGAAAUAUAUGAAGUGUUGCUUACGAGAUGAUAUUGAGCCCUGCCUUCGAUUCGGACCCAAUCCUAGAAUGACCAGUAAAAAGAUUAUAGAUGCUAUUUUGGUAAAAUCAUGCUUCGUGGAAGAGUGCUCUGAGAGCUUCUUUUCAGAACAAGAAUCACGGCAAGUCAAAGAGGAAGCCACAGCUACGCUUUGGGAAAGAUUCACCACCUCGUCCAUCUUCUUUGGCUGCCAAGCGUGUGGUAGAAAGAUAAAAGACCCAAAAAAAAGAGCUGAAACAUUGAAAUACAAAUUUAGAAUCUCUUACUUUGAUGAAUGGGCUUGUAUCGACCGUUACUGUCGGGAUCGAUUAAUGGCUGUCAUUGAAUACUACGAUUUUGUUCGUCACUUACGCGCUGGCGCAUAUAAACAUCGUUCACUACACGAACUUUAUCAAGAGUCGACUCGACUAAAAUUACAAGUGUUCCUGGCCAGGAUGGGUACAUUGUCCAUGGUUUUGCAGAGUUGUGGAAUAGGGUCAGAAAAGAUAGCAACAGCUUUUCAAGGAGAAAAUGUUAAUAAUAGUAGCACUAUUAUAACAGAUUCUAACUUGGCAGCAGAAAGAAUAUCCAGCUCAACGGAAUCCUCUAUUACUAUUUCAACCAUCAAUUCCGCAAGAACAUCAACAUCCUUUGUUUGA